AGGAGCGACGACUCCACCGCCUCCCUGGGCAUCGCAGUAUGUUGCAGGAACUUCGCAGGAAUAAACUUCUUUUCCACUCUCCGCAGUCGGGUCGGCAGCAGUGGGCACGCGAGCGAGCCGGCCGCCUCCCGCAGCAGCCCGGGGCGGCAGGGAUGGCAGCGCGGCACGCCGGGGGCAGGGCCCUGCCGCGGGAAUGCGGCCCGGCCGGCCCAGGCGCUGCCCCGGGCGGGUGAUUUAGCCCGGCUCUCCAGCACCGGGGCAUCCCACGCUUCUCACCCCGCGCGCCGGCCGUGAAGCCACACGCGGUUUAGGAACUGAAACGAGACCAGGCGGGUUUUGUCGCCGUCGGUUGUGAGUUUGAACCAGCGCACUUUGCCCGGCUGGAGCAAGGUCACUGCCUGCCCCGGCUCGGCCAGGGCCCACCAUCCGCCAAGACCCGCACCACCCCGGUCCCGCCGACAGCCCUCAGGAGGAUCCGGCUGCGGCAACCGGGGAAGCGGCCAGAUCCUCCUCCAUCCCGUGCGGUAUUUUUAGCCGCUGACCCAGUUCCCCCGCUCGGCUACCUGCGCCUCUCUUACCGCCCGGCCGGGCCCCCCCGCCGACAAACGCACCGCCCAGGGCCGGCCCGGCCCCGCCGCCCGGCCAGCGCCAGAACAUUUGAAUCUUCUUGGGAAACAUGAAAACAAAGAGCUGCUUUUAAAAUAUCUUUCAGGACAAUUGACACAUUCCAGGGAAAAUAAUUUUUUUUUUCCUGCAAAGUUCAGAAGAAUCUGCAUUCUCUGAGAUUUUAAAGAAUUAUAAAAUGAAAACGGUUUAAAAUUUAGCUUUCAAAAUGAAUGUUGGGAAGUCCGAUGACAAAGCAAAGAAUGGCUUGAAGUCUUCCUUACUUAUAAGGGAUGAAAAUGGAAAUAGCUAUGCGUGUGACAGAGGUACACCUUCCUCAGAGAAUUGUGCCGCCAAGAUACAUGGUAAUUCAACUGCCCAAAAUAUAGUGGCUGAGCAUGAAGAUGGUACCAUUUUUGAAAAUAAGGGUGACUUCAGAAGUCUUUUAAAACAGCAGUGUAUUGAAGUACUUGAUGUGCAGAAGACACCUGGUAAAUACAGCUGCACAGGACUUCCAUCGGGUGAUUCAGAUGCUGCACGCAAGUCUUCUGUGACUGAGCAGACUUGUAUGUGUCCUUUGAACUGUGGCUUGGAAGCAACGACAAGCUUAGUGAAAGGUGAUUUUGCUAUGGCAAAAAUGCAAAGUCAGAGUAUCAAACACUCAGUGCCUUACAGUCAGACUGACUCUAAGUCUGUAGUAACUCUUCCUGCUUCAGAGCAGAGCAUGCAGUCCCUGAAAAAUGACGGGGCAUGCUGCCAGCUGAGCACAUUGGAUGUUACUAAUGUUACAGGUGAAAAUCUGAGAACUGAUCAAAAUGAUGACAUACAUGUGGGGGAAACAUUGGUCUCUUCUGAAGUAUGUAUCUCAGAGAAGUUUGACAGAACCAGCUCAGAAAGAACACCUAAUUUCACCUCUGCAGGUGUUGAACACAAUCAAAAAACCACUAUCACGAAUGCUAAUGAAUCACAGGAAACACAAGCACAGGCUGUAGAACUACCUGCUGGAUGUAUAGAUCCUUAUAAGCUAGAUGCAUUAUCACCAUGUAUUAAUGAGGAUGACCAAGUGAAAUCCUUGCAGAUUACUCCUUUCCAUGACGAAACUGGGAAUUCCAGUGCUGAAACAUGCAUGGAUAGUGUUGUAAAUAGUGUGCACCUUGUCCCAGUAGAUCAAAUGGAUGGAGAACAAGUAUCAAACAAAACUAGUGAACCUUUAACCAAAGAACAAAGUAUCUCUGGAAAUGCUGCUCUUCAGAAUAUGCACAACAUUCCUUCUGUAUCUUGCAGUGUUCCAAAAUUAAAGAAGACAGUUAUGCCUGAGCUGAAAUGCGAAGCAACUUUUUUGGUCUUCAGUCCAACAGCUAAUGAAAGCAAUUCAUCUCUGUGUACUUCAACUCCUAAAGAACGAUCAAAAAAUAGGACUUUCUCUGUUCCAGCUUUGGAAGAACUUGAAGACAAGUCUUCUAGACUAAGACAAAGUGAAGCAUUUGUAGGAGGACAUAACAGACUGGGGCUUAAAGCUAUUUCAGAUCAAACUGCAAGAAAAGCAAUAUGCCGGUCUGCUAUGGCAUCAACAAUAACCAAAGCAAGGAAAUCAGAGAUAGUUAGUUUUCCCAAACCUAAUUUUAAAAAUGUUAAGCCAAAGGUUGUGUCUAGACCUGUGCCACAGCCAAGAGACAGUGCAGCAUCAAAACAGUCUCCCCAGUCCCCUCAACUAUCAUCUGUCUCCUCACCUUCAAGGGUUGGUUCCCCAAGGCCAUUGUCCUCCUCUAUAAAAGUGCUGAAAAAAACAGUAGAUGCAACUAAAGAUACUAAGGUGGGAUUGCCUGUAAAUAAGCCUCAUAAGCUACCUGUUAACAAACACCUUUUCACUAGCCAGGUCGGUCAUGCCACAGCACAUCCCAGAAAUGCUUUCCAUAAGGUUUCAAAAACACCUGCGUUAAAGUUAAGUCUGCAAGACAUUGACAAAGCAAGUGCUACCCAUCCGGUGUGCUCCUUGGCUUCUGCUGCGCUUCCAGCAUCUGGAGAGAGCUCAAAAGAGAUGUUAAAUGAUAAAAUGGAAGUGACACCUUGUUCUCAAAACAUCGACCUGACCAAAGGUGAAAAAGAGCAAAGCAGCAACAUGGGAGUGCUUCUGGAAGCAACAUUGAUAAAAGAUAUGGCAAAUGAAACAUUUGAAGUGCACUCUGUUCCUUUGAUGCCUUCUGUGAAAGAUGGGACAACACAAGGGAAAAACAUACCAAAGAAAGACCAAAUCACACUACGAAGUGUAUUAACUCCCAAGGUUAAAAUGGUGCCAUCUGUGUCGACCUUGAAGAGAGGAUGUGAAAAUAAAACUAUCAGCACUAUUAAAACACCUUCUCACAAAGAAGCUCUUCUGUCAUCAAGCUGUGGUGUAGGAUCUUUGCCAGGAGAGAGGCAUGCCUCAGUGAAAAAUUCUCCAUCCUCGUGGACUAGCACUGGUAAAUCCCUUGCCAAAUCCAAAGUGCCUGUCAAAAGAUCAGUGCUUGAGAGAACACCUAGCCUCUCAUCAGUCAGCAGUGCUCAGAGUGAGCAAAGUCUUUUCAGCACUAAUUCUCCAAGUGCCACAGUCAUCAGGAAUGGAGAAUGGCCUUCAAAACCAGCCUGCCAGAAUGGCACUUCAGGGUCUGCCCCUUUGAAAGCACUGCCAAGACCUAGAUUGCACUCAUUGAGGUCAACUCCAAAAGGAGCCAAGACCAGGUCUGCUUCACUGAGCCAGUGCACACCAAAAUCAUCUGGGCCUCUACACUUAGCAAGGAAAGUCAGUGAGACUAGAGGUAGUCCUGGAAGAAAUGUACACCAGAGCCUAUCUUGUUUGGGUCCCGUUGACAAGGGCAAGCAGCGGAGUGCCAAGAGUUCAUGCAUACGCACUCAAGCUUCCACAGAUGCACGUUCACCUGGCACUAAAGCAGCCGAGUUGAUACAGUACAAAACAAAAUGUGAGACCCAAAGUGGAAUCAUCCUGCAGCUGAAAAAAUUCCUGACAUCCAGUAACCAGAAGUUUGAAGCAUUAACAGUUGUCAUCCAGCACCUGCAGUCUGAGAGGGAGGAAGCACUGAAGCAGCGGAAAGAGUUAUCUCAAGAACUACUUAACCUUCGAGGAGAACUAGUAACCACUUCUGCAGCUUGUGAGAAAUUGGAAAGAGACAGGAAUGAACUGCAAGUUGCUUAUGAAGGGUAUUUGCAGAAGUUAAACCAGAAGCAUAAUGAUGACUUAGCUGAGGUGGAGGAGAAGCUUAAACAGUUUUACACUGCAGAAUGUGAGAAACUCCGAAGUAUCUGCAUUGAGGAAGCUGAAAAGUACAAAGCCCAACUCCAGGAGCAGGUGGACAAUUUAAAUACCACACAUGAAAGCUUUAAGCUGGAACUUGAAAACAGACACUCAGAAAAAGUAGAGGAGCUGAAAAAGGAGUAUGAAUCCUCUUUUUCAGAGCUCAAGAGUACCCAUGAAUCUGAAAGGAAGUCGCUUGAAGAUUCCUUUAAAGAGAAGCAGGAGUUGCUGGAGAAAAAAAUCGAUGAACUAAAAAGUGAAAACAACUCUCUGAGUGAGAAGCUGAAAUUAGAAGAACAAAAACAAAUAGCCAAAGAAAAAGCCAAUCUUAAAAACCCACAGAUUAUGUACCUGGAACAGGAGCUGGAAAGUUUGAAAGCAGUGCUGGAGAUCAAGAAUGAGAAGCUCCAUCAGCAAGAUAUAAAGCUAAUGAAGAUGGAAAAGCUGGUGGAGAACAACACAAUCUUAAUGGAUAAAUUAAAGAAGAUUCAGCAAGAAAAUGAAGAAUUAAAAGCUCGGAUGGACAAACACAUGGAGCUUUCAAGGCAACUUUCUACAGAGCAAGCUGUUUUACAGGAGUCACUAGAGAAAGAAUCAAAAGUAAACAAACGCCUGUCAAUGGAAAAUGAGGAACUUUUGUGGAAGUUGCACAAUGGUGAUCUAUGCAGCCCAAGAAAACUGUCUCCCAGUUCUUCAUCUGUGCCUCUUCAGUCCCCACGAAAUUCUGGUAACUUCUCUAGUCCUGCAGUGUCACCGAGAUGACAUCUCUUGAGAGAAAGAGAGGCCUGCAUUUCACUUCUGAUCUGCAGAACCUUUCCUAACCUGAAUCACAGGAGCAAGAGCUAUAUUAGCCACCUAUGACAACUAAACAUAACUGGAAACUAUGUGUUGCAAAAACAGCGAUAGGAGACUGUGAAUAUGGGAGUAAGACAUUCACUCCUCCCAAAAAGACUUAUGACCUCUAUGGACAUCGUUGCACAAAGCACUUAUAGAGCAAGAAAAGACUUGUUUGUUGCCUUUUCACCUAACCAUAAGAAGAAGCUCAGGGGCUUAGAGAUCACAACCUUUAUAAUAUGUUCCUUAUCACCGACACUUUUUUAAGGCUGUGUGUGUGCGUGUGCGUGUGCCGUGGAUGGAGUGGGUGUAACACACUGUGCGUGUGUCUAAUGCUGCCUUCUUUGCUGUGUACGUAAUAAAGGAUAAAAGCUGAA